AUGUCGGGUUACUGUGGGGGAAAUAACGCUCUGAUUUCUACCACUUCCAGGCGGGCUAAGCUUCGGCUGUAUUUGGAAGAGCUGAAGCAGCUUGUCCCUCUGGGGCCAGAUAGCACUAGACACACGACACUCAGCCUCCUGAAAAGGGCCAAGACACACAUUAAGAAAUUGGAAGAACAGGACCGGAAGGCUCUAAACAUAAAGGAACAGUUACAGCGAGAACAUCGAUACCUCAAGCGUAGAUUGGAGCAACUCUCCGUGCAGGGUCUGGAACGCAUCCGCACGGAUAGCCUGGGAUCAACCAUAUCCACCGAUUCUGAACAAGAGGUAGACAUUGAAGGCAUUGAAUUCACACCAGCCGAGAUGGACAGCAGCGGAAGCUACAGCGACACGGAAGACCAGUGCAGUUUGCAAGGCAGCUCCAGCGACACGGGCUACGCACCUUCCCACAGACUGAGCGCCCGGCUUGUGUAGCGUCCGAACGAACCACUCAACUCAGGACCUUUGGAUCGAAGCACUUAAGACAAAAAAGGAGAAAAAGCAAAAUGCCCACGUUUUGCCGAUGGCCACUCCUCCAGAGAUCCUCUGCCGCGACACUCCAGAAGGAGGUUUCUCUUCCAAGGUUCCCAAAACUAUGAAGAGAUGAUUGAAUAAAUGGUCAAUCAUGUUUUUCCCCCCACUGUAGUGUGAGAUGAGACACAGUUGUGGCUUCAGAUUCUAUCACAUAGGCUGCUGAUGGGGUGUGUGUGUGGGGGGAACAAUCCAUCAGAGCAUUAAACUUCAAACAGCUUAAUCACUUUGAUUUCCCCCCCCACCCCCACCCCUCAUCAGUUUGCUUUUAUAUGUCAACACUUAGGUGUACAGAGCAGAAUGGCGCGUAGAGAGAUCCGUGGCGCUCACCUUCUGGUGCCUCUCCCAGCGGUAGGAAGAGAAGCAGCAGCAAGUGGAGCCUCCUUUCUGCGUCUGCCGCUUCUUUGGAUCAGGGCCCCAAGCAGACGAAGGCUCGCAAGCCAGUGUGGGGAGUUACAUGCCUUUUAUAUUUAAUCAUUACAAAAAAAAAAAUCUUUGCUAGCCAAAGAUCGUUCGAAAGAGAUUCUUUCAACAUUUGAGAGAGACUAUUAAAAAAAAAGAAGUAUUUAAUUUGUACGUUCUCGAUAGAAUGCUAGCGCCAGUUCUGAUCAUGGCUUAAUUAACAUGCAAUCACCCCGGCUUUCUUCGUUUUUCAGCACUAGUUCUAGAAAGCUAGUCAUAUUAAGUUACGGGGGGUGGGGUGGGGUGGAUUUGCCCCCCCCCCCAAGUGUGAUUUAUUGUGGUAUGAGCUUUUUAAGGCACAAAACAACUGUCUCUCGUUUGGCGUCCGCAGCGAUUUUUAGUAUUCAUAUUUCCCCCCCCUCCUUUCUUUACAUACUUAGAGGAUGUAUUUAUAGUUAGCGUUCAGCUCUCAGGAACUUUAAUUUGUUUGUAUAUCUGCUGCCUUCUCAGACCGUGUCAUCUGCCCGUAGGCUUCCUCAUGGCAUAAGAAACCAGCCGUCUAGGCAGCCUAUCCACGUACAGGUGGGCUGUGCACCGGUCCUUAUUGAAUGCGGGGUGCCUGUGGUAGACAGUGAAUAUCUCCGUCAGGGUCCAUGCGUCAUGUGCGCAGAAAGUGUGAUGAGCCUUGACCAGGUCUGUUCCUUUUAACGUUCCAUACUCAAACAGUCACCUUCCCGUUCCCUUCUUAUUUAAGGGGAAACUGCCAGUUGAUGCACUGGUUGUCAUACAGUGAGUACUACAUGGCAGGGGUUUUGUCAGUGGAUUCAGAGUUCCUAGGAUCCCAGAGGUGGAUAACUUCAGUUUGGAAGGAAGGGGGACUUCCUGAGCGUUGUGUUUCCCUGUAUAUAGUUGCCAGCACAGUGAAUGGAAGGCAUGGGUUUAAGUAACUCUCAUUUCUUUUAGAACAAUCUUUAGGUCCAGUGGCACCUUAAAUUUUGUUGGUCUUUAAGGUGCUACCAGGCUGAAGUUUUAUUCCGCGACUACAGACGUAACACGGCUAGUCACCUAAAACAAUAUUCCUUUCAAGCAUUAUCGUUCUACUAUAGUGGCAAUUCAGUUCCUCACAGAAUGCUGUAAGAUCGCUGAUCUAUUUAGGAAUUCAUCAGGAUGUUUAAGACGUAUUUACCCCACUUGUAGCAAUACUGCAGAAGUAUAUUUUAAUACAGUUUAAGCUUAGCGAAGCCGUUAGACCUUUGCUUGCUGGUUUUUUUGCCUAAAAAAU